AGUGCUAUUAUGACUGGUCGAUAUCCCAUACAUACUGGUAUGCAACAUUCAGUGAUUUUUGCUGCUCUACCAUAUGGAGUUGGUCUUGAUGAGGUGUUUCUACCUCAGUAUCUGAAAGAGCAAGGCUAUCAAACACAUGCUAUUGGAAAGUGGCAUCUCGGGUUUUUCAAGAGUGCCUACAUUCCAACCAGCAGAGGCUUUGAUUCCUUCUUUGGAUUUUGGAGUGGUAAAAAUGACUACUGGGACCAUUCCCAAGCUGAAGAGGGCUUCUGGGGGUUGGACCUUCGCAACAACACCACGCCUGUUCGGGAUGAGUGGGGUCACUACGGAACGGACCUUUUUGCUGAGCAGGCUGUGGAUGUCAUUAACGCGCAUGACACUUCCAAGCCGAUGUUUAUGUAUCUUGCUCACCAAGCUGUGCACAACGCCAACAGCCAUCAAUCUAUCCAGGCACCAAAGGAUGUAAUUAACAGAUUUAAACAUAUUAAAGAUGAACGAAGAAGGAUAUUUGCUGCCAUGGCAACAGUGUUGGAUCAAUCUGUAGGCAAGGUUGUAGAUGCUCUGAAAGCUCGUAACAUGUACAACAACUCAGUGAUAAUCUUCUCUACUGAUAAUGGAGGACCCGCGGCUGGUCUUGAUGGCAACAGUGCCUGUAAUUAUCCAUUGAGAGGAAUGAAAACCACACUUUGGGAAGGUGGAGUGCGCGGUGUGGCGCUAGUUCACAGUCCCUUGCUGGGUACCAAAGGCCGAGUAAGCAUGGACAUGAUGCACGCUACAGACUGGGUCCCAACACUCUACAAGCUGGCAGGAGGGAACACUACCAAGCUGAAAAAUCUGGAUGGUUUCGACAUGUGGCCCACCCUGGCUCAUGGAGAACAGAAUCCUCGCUCCGAAAUAUUAAUCAAUAUCGAUGGCAACAAUGCUGCGCUUCGUUUUCAGCAGUGGAAAUUGAUAAAUACAAGUACUGCACUAAGUGGUUGGUAUCGUCCUCCUGGACUUGUAGAGUCCAGUAGGUCCUUUGGUAAUACACCCCUGAAGAAUGCAGUCGUUAAGUGCUCUGGGGAGCCCCCGGUCAUGCCAGCGGAGUGCAGAGAGAAGCCAUGCCUGUUCAACAUUGAAGAUGAUCCUUGUGAGUACUACAAUGUUGCAGAGAAAUACCCGGAUGUAAUGAAAAAGUUGCUGAGUGUGUUGGAAAAUUACAAGCAGACCAUGGUUCCACCAAGAAAUAAACCCAGAGAUGAAGCUGCUGACCCAAAUGCUCAUGGAGGCGUUUGGACACCGUGGCGUGAUUAGGAAUUGACCGAGUGAAGACCAGAGGCAAUUUAGUCCAUUGACUGCAAAAACCAUAGCUGAGAUUGACCAUGACCUCAUGAUGUUUUCACAGGGACCAUAUUAGUGUUCCUAAAUAAUGAAAUUUUUCUCCUUUGAAAAAUGAAUUCUUCUGUAUUAAUGGCUUUUAUAUGAAAAUGCUCUAUAUAAUCGAGUUUGCUUUUUUUAAUAUAUAAAUGUUAUCAUGUUCAAAUUUUUACAUAGCUACAAUAUUUCUUGUCCUUUAGUGUUCAUCUGAGAUUAGCACUCCAGUUUGUCUGAGAACAGCACUGAUUCAAGAAAUGGUUUAGCUUACAUUUUGUACUUAGGACAGUACUUAGGUUGAUACUUAGCUUUUUUACAUCUUAUGAUUGAAAAUUAUUUCUAUUCACUUUUUGUACUUUCAAAGUUACAUUGUGGUCACUGUUUGGUUUCUACUUUGGUCUGUUUCUCUAGUUAUUUCAGGUAGGCAGAACCCCCUUUCUCUUUAGUCCCGUUAAUGCAGUCACCAAUAUAUGAGCCACAAAAAUGUGCUCGUAUUAACGGGGAAGCCAUAUUAAACAGGCUUAUUAAAUAAGAAAAUGACUGACUGAGCUUUUGGUCAGGCCACAAUAAAGGGGACGUUAAAUAGCGAGGUGGCCGUAUUUAUGUGGUGACUGUAAGGUGGAGUUCUACUGUAGUGAAAAUAUAAUAUCUGUAAUAAUGUAAAUAGGAUGAAAUGGGGGAAAUAAAAUGGGGAAAAUAAAGCUUCUUGUUGCU